AGGGGAGCUGGAGUUAAGUCAUUUUUGGCUUUCUGCUUAAGCUUGGAUCACUUUCAUCUUAAAACCUCCUCUCAUGGCCUUCGAAAGGUGCAAGGCCAGAGCACGCUGUCCUGCUUUUUGUGGGGAGCUAGGAGGAGAAGCCUCGAGGUGGCCCUAUUCGAGCCUCAUGAGUUCCUGCGGCCAUGUGGACUGCCUAAGGUGACCAGGCAUUGAUGCACCCCCAAGGGAGGCCACGUGCUCAAGGAGGCCACCCCCACUGGCUGCUGCUCACAUGGUUUCUGGGCCCCUGGCACUCCGGUGGUACACGUGGGCAGGGCGUGGGGACAUGGGGCCCGACAUGGAGCUGCCCAGCCACUCAAAACAGCUCCUGCUGCAGCUAAACCAGCAGAGGACAAAGGGCUUCCUGUGUGAUGUCAUCAUCAUGGUGGAGAACUCCAUCUUCCGGGCCCACAAGAACGUCCUGGCCGCCAGCAGCAUCUACUUCAAGUCCCUGGUCCUACACGACAACCUCAUCAACCUGGACACGGACAUGGUCAGCUCCACGGUGUUCCAGCAGAUCCUGGACUUCAUCUACACGGGCAAACUGCUGCCCAGUGACCAGCCAGCCGAGCCCAACUUCAGCACUCUCCUCACUGCUGCCAGCUACCUCCAGCUGCCUGAGUUGGCAGCCCUCUGCCGCCGCAAGCUCAAGCGAGCCGGCAAGCCCUUUGGCUCUGGACGGGUGGGAGCUGCCGGAAUGGGGCGGCCCUCUCGCAGCCAGCGGCUGUCUACAGCCUCCGUCAUCCAGGCUCGGUAUCCGGGGCUCAUGGAUGGGCGUAAGGGGUCCCACACCCCACAGGAGCUCCCCCAGGCCAAAGGCUCGGAUGAUGAGCUCUUCCUUGGCAGCUCGAACCAGGAAAGUGUGCACAGCCUGGGCCGUGCCGUGUGUCCAGCCAGUGGGGAGGCUGGCCUGGGCAGCUGCAGUACCAAUGGGAGCAGUGGGGGCUGUGAGCAGGAGCUGGGCCUGGACCUGUCUAAGAAGAGCCCUCCCCUGCCGCCCGCCACCCCCGGUCCCCCCCUCACCCCCGAUGACCCAGCCCAGAUGAGCGACAGUCAGCACGGCUCGCCCCUCUCAGCCUCUGCCCCUCCAAUUGCCAACAGUGCCUCUUACGCCGAGCUGGGGGGCACCCCCAGUGAGCCUAUGGAUCUGGAUGGGGCUGAGGACAACCACCUGAGCCUGCUGGAGGGGCCUGGCGGGCAGCUCCGAAAGAGCCUCCGGCAUUCGGCCCGCAAGAAGGAGUGGAGCAAGAAGGAGCCUAUGGCAGGUUCCCCCUUUGAGCGGAGAGAAUCGGGGCCCAAGGGCCCUUGCCCAGGGGAAGAUAACGAGGGGCUUGGGGACAGGGUUCCCAAUGGCAUCCUGGCCAACAGUGUGGCAGGGGGCGGCCCCAGUGGGCCCUACGGGGAGCCCUCAUACCCCUGUAAGGAGGAGGAGGAAAAUGGCAAGGAUGGGAGCGAGGACAGUGGGCAGAGCGGGAGCGAGGGGGGUAGUGGCCAUGCCAGCUCCCACUACAUGUACCGGCAGGAGGGCUAUGAGACGGUGUCCUACGGGGACAACUUGUACGUGUGCAUCCCCUGCGCCAAAGGCUUCCCCAGCUCCGAGCAGCUCAAUGCCCAUGUGGAGACACACACGGAGGAGGAGCUUUUCAUUAAGGAGGAGGGUGCCUACGAGACAGGCAGUGGGGGUGCUGAGGAGGAAGCUGAGGACCUGUCCACACCCAGCGCAGCCUACGCAGCUGAGCCCCGGCCCUUCAAGUGCUCAGUGUGCGAGAAGACCUACAAGGACCCGGCCACCCUGCGGCAGCAUGAGAAGACGCACUGGCUGACGAGGCCCUUCCCCUGCAACAUCUGUGGCAAGAUGUUCACGCAGCGCGGCACCAUGACACGCCACAUGCGCAGCCACCUGGGCCUGAAGCCCUUCGCCUGCGAUGAGUGUGGCAUGCGCUUCACCCGCCAGUACCGCCUGACCGAGCACAUGCGUGUGCACUCAGGUGAGAAGCCCUACGAGUGCCAGCUCUGCGGUGGCAAGUUCACCCAGCAGCGCAACCUCCUCAGCCACCUGCGCAUGCACACCUCCCCCUCCUAGAAGCCAAAGACCUUCUCUGGCCUUCGGGCGCCCUCUGCAGACCCGCUGCCCCCGGGAACAAUGAAAGGAAGAAGCAAGGAGGCCGAGCAGGCCGACCCGGACCCCAGGUCCAGCGGGGGUGGCGGCACCUCCGGCCAGCCCCCGCACCCAGAGCUUUAAUCCACAGUCUGUACCAAGGGAAGAGAGCGGAAGGAGGCCGGGUCCUAAGCCCCGCAGGUGUCUUGUGGGUGUGCAGUCUACCUCCAGAUCCCGUCCAGGCCCCCGGCUCCCUGCCAGGGCCUCUGCAGGGCCUGUGGGAGUGGGUCACAGGGUUCACAGGGACCCGGCCUUUUUCCCACAGGUUGGAGCAGGGGGGAGUAGAGACCUCCACCCAUGCUGGGAGGAUCAGGGCUGCCUGUGGACAGGGGCAGUGUCCUGGGCACACGAGUGCUAGUCUGUGUGCGGGCCACCUUGGCACUAUGGGGAGCAGUGCUGGAUGGGAGGGGAUGGAGUCCUCCCUCCUCGAGCCAGGGAGGCCCCCACCACCUACCUCUCCACAACUAAAGAGCCCUCUGGGCCUGUGUUGCUGUUAUUCCUACUGAUCUGUUCCUUUUUUCUUUAUGAAUUUUGUUUUUUAAACCAAAACCAACAAGAGUUUUCGUCCCGGCCCCUUGGGGCUGAGUCUGGGUCUGCAGACUGAAUGUAUGGGGCAGCUGCCCCUCCCACCCCACCCCCGCCCCGGCUGCAGGCCGUGGGGAGCCCACCCCUCCAGGCCCCAGAAGCCCUUCUUGGCCAAAGGCUUCCCUGGGCCCCGAGCCCCACCUCGGCUGCCUCAGGAGAGAGAGUGCUUUUCCUAUAGUUUCCGAGGAAUCUUCUUUGUUUAGAGGUACUUGUUUUUUAUUAAGAGAAAAACCAGUGUAACGUUUAUGUGAAUGUUUGAACUGGAAGGUCUGGGGUUCGUGGGGGGAGGGGGGAGGCUGGACGGGGCGCCAGGGCCGUCGGUACUCUUGUUUUUCUUUUCUUUGUGUGUGUGGUGUGCGCGGUGCGUGUGGACAGAUGUUGCGCUUUCCUUCUUCCUUACCUGUCAAGGUGGAGACACUUCUGACCUUUUGCUACCUCUUGAAUUCACGAGAACAGUAAGUUGGUGACUGGCAGUUGAGGCCGUGACACUUUUGUUUUCCUCCCAUUAGUGCGCACAGGAAGAUGUGUGUUCGAGUGAGCCAGACUUGGGCUGGCUGGGCGGCCCUCUGGGGCUUGGCUGAGACCCAGCCCUGGGCGUCCCACCACACACGUUUUCAGUGGGGCCCUGCAGCUUUGGAGUCUCCAGGCUCGCCUGUGGGUUUUCUCCUGAGCACAGGGCUAGCUGUGGCCACCCUGAGAGGGUAUUCUGUGAGUAUGCUGCUGAGUGCCAGGUAGUCCGCAUAACUCCAUUCUGGGCCCAGGUAAGGGUGUGAGUACUUCAGCCCCAUGGGAGCUCCCAGUGUGGGGCCAGGGGCUGGCAACUCCUGCUGAGCAACCUGGAAAUGGGAGCAAGCUCCUUGCAGCUCCCUGCCAGGGCCAGGAUGAGACAGAAGUGAGCCCCCCACCAGCCUGUUCCCUGGGCCUGCAAGCGUUGGAGCUUGGGAAAGCUGCAGCCCCACCUAGCCAGUGCAGAGGCGUGGUGAGGGAGGGGCUGACCAAAGUGAUAUGCCCUAGGGGACAGGGAGGAGACUUGCUCUGCUUGGGCAUCACUCUAAGCAGUCCUGGCCCACGGCCACUCUGUUGCCAGGUUGGCUGCCUCCCAGUGGCUCACCCCUGUCUGGGGUUCCAUCCCUCGCUCCUCACCUUGAGCUUUCCCUACCAGUCUCAGACACCUCCAUGGGCCCAGAACCCAGCUUGAAAGGCCAGACCAAGGUUGCCACAGUUGGCUCCACUGUCCUCAGUCCACUGGAGCCACAGGGCUGUGUCAGCGGCUUUAUCUUCUUCAUUUUGCUUCAUGCUUUUACUUCUUUUUUUCUUUCUACUUCAAGUUCAGACCAAAAAAUUCCAGAGUCAUCCCCUAGCCCCACCCCUCCAGAGACCCUCCAGCUAAAAACAGAGCCUGAGUUCAGGGACCCGAGUGGUGAAUGGCGUGUUUUGGGAGUGAGGGCUCCUGGCUGAGCCCUCUGUGCGGUGCCCCCCAGCCCUGAGCCGGCUCCUCUUCCCUUUGGGUGGGAAAUGGAGGACUGGACCCAGGGUUUCUUGUUCCAGCAGGUCAUUGAGGGCAGGGCCUGUCCCAGGCCCCUCUGCUCUCCCAACCCCACCCCACUCCAUCAGCACUUAAGCCACACGACACAAAGUCUGUACUGCAUGGGAGGUGUACACACGCCCGGCCUAUGUGUGGCCUCCCAGGCCAUGGGCAGCCACAAACGUGAGGUGACUUGUGAAAGUAGGUGAUUCAUUUGCAGAGCUUCAGGGACUGGGCGCAAAGGCCCCUCACUCAACGACGUUUGUGCGACAUAGUAUUGUACCCACCUGAGUAUUGUAUCGAGCCUUUUCUGUAUUUUAACAAGAAAGCAAAACACUAGUUUCCUAUUUAAGAUUUUAAGGGUUUGUGGGGCGGGACGGGAUUGACACAACACUUGGUUUUGUUUUCUUUUUCCUUUGAUUUCAUGUGGAGUGUGUGCUUUCGAGAGUGUGCGUGGAGAUGUGUUAAGAGCCUCACAAGGAAAUUAGGCCGUUGGAGGCCAAGGGCGGCUUACAGUUCUCUGCUUUAGUCACUUAAUUCCUGAAUGUUUCGGAGAAACAGGAAACAAAAUAGCAGAUGUCAUGUAGGAAAGAGAGGAUAAACAACAAAAAAAAAAAAAAGAAAAAAAAAAGAAAGAAAAAAAAAAAAAAGCUCAUACCCAAAUUCACAAAACCUAUUUUUUAAACCAAAGCACAUUUUGAAUGAGUAUGGAACCUCAACGGGCUCAGAAAAAAAAAAACUAAUAUAUUUAUCUCAUUGUUUACAUAAACUUUUACAGUUUCAGACCUCAGCAGCUGUAAGGCCAGUCCCAGUGAGUCCCAACCUUCCUCUGAAGGCCAUUCCAAGUUGGCCCUGGAACAGCUCGCGGGCAGAGGGGCAGGUGUGGAGGCCCCCUGGAUUCACCUGAGCCCUCCUCCCCAGACCCAGGCCUCUCCAAGCCCAGCUGGCACCAAAGAGCUUGGGCCAGUGCUGACUGGCCCUCAGGCCUCCUGGCCAUCCUGGCCAGCUGGCACAGCAGGAGGUGGCCAUUGGCUCUGGUCACUGGACCCAAGUCUAGGCUUGGGCCCUGCGAUAGAGGCAAGCCCCCCUCCCCCACCACCACUCCUCUAAUCCCAGCCCCACUGCUGCUCUGCCCGCGACCCUGGGGUGGGUUGAUGUGAGGGUCCUUCUCAAGCCAAAAAGCCAGGACCUUUGCACCGCUUCGACUCCAGCUGGUCCCCACCCCUGGGGGACACCCCUCACACACACCUGCCAGCAGCAGGAGGGGCUCACUGGGCUGGUCCUUACCAAUACAGAUGGUGCAAACACUCUGAACAGUGUUGUUUUUGUAUCAAUAUGUUUGUGCAGUGAUGAAUGUAUUUAUUUCUCAGACUGGGGGCAAGCGAGUGGCAGGCCGGGCUCUGCCAUGGCAUGCUCCCACCAGACUGAGCCGCCACACGGGCUCAUCCAGGAUUGCAAAAAAGGCAAAAAAGGAAAGAUGAACCUUUAAGCAAAUAAGAAUCUCAGAGACUUGCGGCAUAGCCAUACACCUCAGCCUGUGAAAUGAACAAUCUGGACCUAGACUUUCAGAACCUCAUGCAGUUGUGUGUGUUUCCUGUUCAUCACCACUGGGGGGCACUGGGCUGUCCCCUGCCCCCACCCCGUCAGUAUUCACUGGACUUGGCCGAGUGCAGGAGUGUGAUCUGGGCUGGUUGGCUGGGUGGGCAGACCCCAGGCCGCCCUCCCCCAUGGCCGUCCUGAGUUGGGGUGAGGCCUCGGCAGCCAGGAGGGCAGGGUUCAGGGAAGAGGUGCCUGUAUCCGUCCUGUUUGUGGAACGAAAGCAGAGGUGCCAGGCCUUAGGAGAACAAACAAGGGAAUCUCCUUGCCAUGCCCCCUGAAGGGACCAAGGCCCUAGCUCUUCCCCAGAGUCAUGUUGGGGCAGAUGUUAUUGAACCUGUGAAUCCGAUGCCAAGGAGUGAGGGGAUGGAGAGGGACCUAACCAGAGCCUCAGUCUGACAUUCCAAAUUUGGGGGUGGGUAUGUGCUGUGGGAAUUGAGGCUGCCCAGGACCCCCCAGCUUCAGUCACCCCACUUUAAUUUUCUACCGGGAACCCCUCCCCCUACCUCACCUUGCUAUUUAUUGCUGUAAUUUAUUGACCUCAAAAAUGCUGCAUAACAGACCUCAUUUGGGGCAGGGAGGAUCCCCAGGGCUCCCCGCCCCUCCACUUGGCGGGGCCCUGUGGGGCCAGGUGCUGAGGGGAGCCUCUCUGUACCCCACCUAUCACUUGCUUCCCCCCCCCCUUGGGGGACCCCAUGUUGGGCACUGGCCCAUUCAUAAAUACCUCGAGGGGGAGAGGGAGGGAUGGGGUUAUAGCUGUUUAAUCAGAAUUGGAAGAGGGAUCAUGUCCUACUUUAUGCCCUUCCCAAAUAGGGGGAGGGACACCGUGAUCGCACUCCUGUACUGGCCACCGCCGCUGUCAGUCAUUGCAUUGAGUUCACGUCCCUCGAGAGUUUAGAUAAAUUCAGGUCAGAGCUGCAAGUGUGCAGCCCUCAAGUGUCAUAGAAAAGCAAUUCACCGACGACUGAUCUCUCCAUUCAGAAGCGUGCAGUCUUAAUGUACAGUGAUGAGAAACUGUUAUUUUAUGAUCUUUUCAUUAAAAGCUUGAUUGAAAACUA